AUGCGUUCGCGCAUCAUCGUCGUCGCCCGACUGUCUCUUCCCGAACCUCCGUUGCCACAGCCGCCGCGCCUCUCCUCACCCGCAGUCUCUGGCGCCGCACCCGAAAACAUGCGCGUCAAGCGCGCGCGAAAAGUGCGUAAGUAUCUGCGCUACUACCGUUCCGCCCACGGAUUCCGCGAGCCGUACAAGGUGAUCGUCGACGGAAACUUCAUCGCCGCCUGUGAAAAGCUGAAGCUCGGCAAAGCCAAAGACGCCGUCGCAAAGUACUUGGUGAGCUCCCCGCGAGACGUCAAGGUGUUCACGACUAGGUGCGUGCAGGAUGAACUGCGAAACAUGGGACCGGAGUACAAGGGAGCGAGUAUGCAGACGAAGGAGUUGAAUUUGGUCGGUGGCGGACCGGCGCCGGGCGAGGCCACGGCGAGCGCAUCCAUUGUGGACGCGUGCGGGGUGUCCAACGAGGAGCGGUUCGUGGUGUGCACGCAGGAUGAAGAUUUGAAGGAAAAGUUACGGAAGUGUAAGGGAGCGGUGCCCAUCGUGUUCGCGCACACGAGCGGAUUGCAGAUGGAGCCGCCGCCGGACGCCACGGCGGCUGGCUUGACGUCACAGAAGGAGCAAGUGCAGGGAUUGAGCGAGAAGGAGAUCCGGGCGCUCGGUGUGGAGGAGAAAGAUAUUCGGGACGUCUACCGCGUCAAGACGUCGGUCAAGUUCAAGAAGAAGUCAGGCGGAAAGAAUCCGUUGAGCUGUCUGAAGAAGAAAAAGAAGGAGCCGGCAGUCGUCGCGCAGCCGAGCGGCGAGAAGAAGAAGCGUCCGCGAAGAAAAAAGCAGAACAGUGAGGGCGCGACGAAUUAG